CAGUCAAGACGGAAGAGCUAUGCAGAUUCAAAACGCAAGGGGACAGAAUACGAAGUCGGAGACAGAGUUUAUCUUCGAGUAUCUCCACUUCGAGGAGUUAAGCGUUUUGGAGUUAAAGGAAAGCUAGUGCCACGUUUUGUGGGGCCAUACAAAGUUCUGGAACGCAUGGGAGAAGUAGCGUACAAGUUGGAAUUACCUGAGGGAUUGUCAGGAGUUCACGAUGUGUUCCAUGUUUCAAAGUUGAAGAAGUGCCACGCAGAGAUGGCUGAUAUACCACUGAGAGAUACUGUUCCACUGGAAGCGAUUCAGUUGAAAGAAGAUUUGACCUAUGAAGAGAAACCAGUUAAGAUUCUGGAUUAUGCCAGCCGAGUUACCCGCAGUAAGGUUAUCAAAUUUUGCAAAGUACAGUGGAGCCACCACACCGAGGAGGAAGCCACCUGGGAGCGAGAGGAAGAUCUGCUCAAGGACCACCCUCAC